GAUGCUGCAUACUGAGAUGCAUGAGUGACCCCUGUGAAAAUGUUCUUGCUGAGUGCAGGGAUUAGAGCUGUAUGAACACUGGUUAGAAAAGAAAACUUAAUUUUUUUUAUUGCUGUUAGUAUUUUUUUUGCAAAUCAAAAAUCAUAAACUUUAUUUCAGGUCAAGUGAAAAUGUGUUUCUAUCUCCAGUUUUUUAGCUAUACUUGAACAACCCCACUCCUCACACAGCAGGAAGUGAUACCCACUGAGGCAAGAUGUCAGUCAGAGAGCCUGUCAGAAGAACACUGUGGCCCAUUAGGAGCUCUGGUCUCUAUGCUGUCAGUGGGGUAACUGGGGUUUCCCAGUUAUAGGGGGAUGUCACAGGAGAGGAUAGAGCACUGACUGGUAAAGGGCUCAGUCCAACCUCUAUAAAGCAAAUUCUUCUCCCUGAAAGGACUGUUGCUUGCUCAGCUGUGAUGGAAAUUUUCGCUGACAAGCCCUGCCAAUCAGAGAUUGUUGGCCAAUCGCUAAUACCUGGGGGUGGGGACUAGCUGCAGAGUGUAAGUUGCCUAGAGGCUGGCAAGAGCAUCUCUCAGUGUACAGUAGUUGCUGUCUCAACCAGAGCACAGCAGCACUGUUCACAGCAGACAGAGAAACCUUCCUUUCUAAAGGAGGGGUCCUCUUAGCUGUUCACUGGUUCUGGUCCUCUCAGUCUCUGUGGCAGAAUAACAUUAAGAUCCUUUUGGAGAAGAUGAUGGCAUGUGCGGAGAUCCUGACUAUGUGCUUGCUGUCUGCCAAGCACACUCACAGCCCUAACUCCAUGCAGACCCCUCAGCGUUAUGGCAAGGGACUACCCAUCUUCCAUGAUAUUUUUCGACGUGCUGACAAGAAUGAUGAUGGAAAGCUGUCAUUUGAAGAGUUUAAGAACUAUUUUGCUGAUGGAAUCCUAAGUUCUGAGGAGCUGUGGGAGUUAUUCAGUGGAAUUGACAGGCAUCAUUCAGACAAUUUAGAAACGGAGAAGUUGUGUGAUUAUUUCUCAACAUACCUUGGAGAAUACAGGAAUGUGCUUUCUGCUUUGGAAACACUGAACACAGCUGUCCUCGCGGCUAUGGAUAAAACCAAACUGGAGUAUGAGAGGUCCUCAAAGAUGGAGCAGUUUGUGAGCCGCUUCCUGCUGCGGGAGACCAUGAACCAGCUACAGUCCUUACAAACCUCGCUGGAGUGUGCUUCGGACACUAUUGAAGAGCAGGCUGGGAGAGAGAGGAAAGAUUUGAAGAAAUCUGAAACCUCAGUUGGCUUGAGAUCCACAAGAAGAUGUAGGCGCAGAACUCACAAGAAUGUCUGCCUGUCUCCAAAAGAUCCCUAUUCUGGGAUGCUGACUACAGGUGUUUGUGUAGAAGCUGACAGCCAAUGGAUGGCUCAGAUUAACAGGCUACAGCAGCUCAUCAACAAAUUGGAAUGCAAGAGCCCAAGACUGGAGCCUCUAAAGGAAGAAGUUGCUUGCAAAGGGAGAGAUGCUCAGCACAUCCUGGUGUCUCAGAGACAAAUCUCAGUGACAAAGAAUGGCUUAGAUGAAUUCCACCAGGCACUCAAAUCAUACACAGAGUUCACAGCUGGACAGAGCAGCUGCUUACACAUGUCCACCCACAAGCUGACAAGUGAGGCCUCCUUCAUCUUCUAUGAAUUCUGGCAAGAUGUGACUUCAUGGAGAAGCCACCUGCAGUCCAAAUACAGCAAGACUUUCCAGCGGGCCAUCACUGACUUGCUGGAGUCUCCAGAGCUCAUGACUACCAUGCUCUUCCCAGCCUCCUGGUGGAUCAUGAACAAUAACUGAUCCUCUGCUGAUGUCCCUGGAACCGUAGGAUAAGGAGUCUUCAUCACAGACACCCUGGCUCCCUCUUCCCCAGAAUGUCUUUAGUCUCCCCUUUCACCAUCUGCUGUACAGUGCUGUAUGCUCCACCUGGCUGCAGCCUGAUGGUUGGCAGCUCAGUCUGGCAUUUCCUGGCUGCUCUGGGCUUUCAUUUCUCCAUCCUUACAGUGCGAUUUUUUCCAGAUGAUGUCAUCGCCAGCAAAUCAGCCUUUCCCAGUGUGAAACCCAACCUCCAAAUAUACAGUCAUCGAGGAAGGCAAUCCAUGGCUACAUAAUUGCAUAAAGUACCAGUGACAAAGAUACUUGACAUAAAGCUGCCUCUAGAACCAGUGCAGAGUGAAGAUUUGCAGGGAGGCAGAAUGCCAGUAGGCCUGAAUAGGUGGGAGUAGGCAUGCUACAGAGAUAACAGACUGAACCUGACCUGGUAUGGAAAAGAGAAGGCCAAGAGGGAGAGCUAUGCAUUGUCCUCAAAGAGCCCCUUGGUGGUGAAUUCAUGGCAAGGCCACAAGGGAUGCUGGGUAAAGCCAUGCCCAGCUCUUCCUUGCCAGGAAGGCAAGAUGGGUCCUUUGAGGAUGGAGGUGGAAUGUGAAAUGGAGUGAUUCUUUGCUCUGAAAGAGGCUAGCAGAUUGAUGGAGUGCUCAAACCACUGGUGAUAAGUGUGAGAUGGAAACAUCCAAAUCCCUGUAAAUGGCCCCAAACCAUGUCUAAAUGAGCUUAGCAAAGAUGCUGCUUAGCUUUUGCAGUUCCCUACUUACUGAUGACAAUAUAUUAGGCAAAGUGAGAAGGAGAACGCAGUGCACCCACAUCCAGAAACUGUACUGUUAUUAGGCCCCAGCUCAAGUCUGGGUUCAUGCCCGGUAUGCAAAGGCCAAUAAAGAUACCAGGGGUGAAAGUAUAAAAAAGAUUUAUUGCUAGCAAUAAAAGGUGCAAGCGGAAUAAUUUCACAAGACAAGCACACACAUAUUCAAUACUGAGCCCCUUAUAUACAAGAGGUUGAAUCUUCAUAAGCAUCCUUGUUUGCUAAUUGGUUAUAAAGGAGUGACGCAAGGAGUUCUUUACUGAGCAUGUCUCUAUACCUGUGUUUUAGCUAUGUAUCUCAUUAACAUACAUAUAUGUUUCAUUAGCAUAUAUCUUCCCCGCCUAGGGGGUGUGAUUUUUAGUAUUAUAAUGAGCUCUUUGUUCCAGUAA